AUGGUCUCGUUCUCUAUCCUGCGGCCGACGAUGCUGGCGCUUGGUCUAACAUUUGGCCUUCCAGCCAUGUUAUAUUUCAGUAUGUUGGGAGCGUUGGUCGUUGCGCCCUCUCUACAAGCUCACGCACUUUACCUACACAAAGUUACUUUGACGUGGUUCAAGGAUCUAAACACACCAGAGCAAUUUGGGUUCGCUCAUCACCAAGUUACACCCUUCUGCAUCUCAACGCCAGAUGGAGUCAAGCUGCACACAUGGCACGUACUUCCUUUAGCGACAUACGAGUCACACCAGGAAGAAUUAUUAGCCCAAGGACCAGACAGUGGAUUGGUAGACAAGUUUGAAGAAACAUUGAACUUCCGCUUGCUAAAAGAGAACCCAAAUGCUCGAUUGGUGCUUUACUUUCAUGGCACCAGUGGAACCAUGGCCAGCGGCUGGCGCCCCGAUAGCUACCGUUCUCUCUACUCAGCUGAUCCCAUCAACACCCACGUUCUGACAUUCGACUACCGCGGGCAUCCCCCAGUAGCCAUCGCUCUUGUCAACGAGCUCGCACAGAAGAAGCCCUCCGUUCAUUUUGCUGGAUUGGUUGUUACAGCCACCUUUGCCGACAUCCCCCAACUGACAGCUACCUAUCGUAUUGGCGGCUUUAUCCCUGUGCUUUCGCCCGUAGCAAAGGUGAAGCCGCUGUUUGCUUUCUUCGCCCGACAACUCUCCAGUACCUGGGAUAACAUGUACAGACUGGGGGAGUUCGUCAAGGCUGCUGAGAGGUACGAUGUCACCCUUCUGCAUGCCGAGGAUGACACAGAUAUUCCUAUGGAGCAUUCCAUUAAGCUUUACAGGGAAGCCGUCCGUGCUGCAGAGGGAGUCAAGGACUCGGCCGAGAAUGAUGAGGAGCUCCUCAACAGGAUUAGCAUUGUUGAGAAAGGACGCGGAGCAGGAGGCUCAAUCACCGUGUGGCCUACCAGCAAGGGAAACAUUAGACUCGAGAUUCUGAAGUACGGUGUACAUGACAAGAUCAUGGCGUAUCCUGCGACCGGACUGGCGAUAAGCAGGGCGUUCGCUUCGGUCCAGCAAUAG